AUGGGUCAGUUAUGGGUCAUUGUCGCCCCUUACAAGAUUAAGAAGGAAGGUUAUCUCCUAAGGAAUUGUCCAUUUGGUGCUAUGGGGAUGGCGUUGUUUAUAGUUGAGCAGAAACUUGGUCCUUACCACACUGCCCACAUCACUAUCAUUCCAGGGGCACCCUCUACUGUUAAUGCUGGGCUACAGGAAGGCAGCAAAGUCCACAAAAAGUUCCACUGGGACGUGCAGAGCAAAGGCCAGGGCCCCAGAGGAAAACAAAGGCGGACUCUGAGCAGAGCUGCCCUCAUCGGGAGCCGGGCGUCUGUGGGAUUGGCGAUGAGCCCCGUGCUGCGGGAGUUCCUGAGGGAGCUCCCAGGCUGGUUCCUGCUCUCGGGGGUCUUCCUGCCUGUGACUUUGCUGCUCCUCCUUCUCAUCGCCUAUUUCAGGAUCAAACUGAUGGAGGUUAAUGAAGAACUGUCACAGACUUCCGAUCGCCAACACAAUCACGAGGCUGGCUCUUCCCUGAACCAGAGAAAGAAACGGACGUGACUGUUGGGGACUGAUCAAUGGCUAAAGCACAGUACGUUUCUACUGGUCAGAGAGCCACGGUCACUGGCUUAGCAAAUAAAGUAGGUUAAUAAACCAGAACUACAGCAAAACAGGAAGAAUACUAAGAUGCUUGCUCUGAACCAUAUUGGAAAGUGGCAGCUAUUAUCCAAGAGGAAGGCUAUGAGACUCAGCUUAAAUAGCAGUUCUUCAGAGAGUCCCAAGAAAGUAAGAUUUGUUGGAUGUUCUCUAUGAACUGGAUGUGUUGUAACUUUUUAAUUUUUAUAGGACCAUGUCUGCUCUGAAGGGCAUUAUUUUCAAAAUAAAAUUCUUAAGUGUCAUUAUUAUAUAA